AUGCGCUACUCUACUAUAACCAUCUUUGCUACGAUUGCAGCUGCCUGCGGCGUACCAGCCCAUCUAGUCGAGAAGGAUAUUCCUAGCAAGACGGCCAUUACCAAUGUUCACGUAUGGAAUGGUGCUGGCUUUUCGGCUCCAUCCACCGUGGUUAUUAUUGACUCAAUCAUUACCAACGCCAAUACUGCUGAUGCCGAAACAACAGUGGACGGAAGGGGGGGUUAUUUGAUGCCAGGCUACAUCGACAGUCACUGCCAUGUGACAUCUUGUUCGUACCUCACCGCAAUGCGUGCCAACGGUAUCACGACCGCAUUAGACAUGGGAACGUUCCCUGUGUCCGCUGUUACAGCUUGCAGAGCAGAAGGUGUCACAGAUAUUUACGGCACUGGAGCAGCAGGUACUGUCAAUGGAACUGCUAUUAGCAAGAUACCCGGAUUUCCCCAAGACUCCUUUCUGGCGUCUCCAGAGGCGGCACGGACAUUUGUCGCGAACCGCAUUCAAGAGGGCGCAUCGUGGAUUAAGGUAUUCCUCGACCCUCUUGGUCCUGACGAGGAAACGCUUUCUACGGUUGUAGCCGCUGCUCACGCAGCUGGCAUAAAGGUUGUCACUCACGCCACGAGCUAUGCAGACUACAGCGAAGCCCAGACAGCUGGCGCUGACAUUCCAUGUCAUGUACCCCUUGACAAACCACUGGACGCAGCCUCGAUUCAAAAUCUCACAUCAGCUCAUCGCCAUGUAGUUCCCACGCUAAUUAUGAUGCAAUCCAUUGUCAACAAUACAAGGACCCCAUAUAUUGCGUAUACCGCAGCAGCUGAAGGAAGUGUCACAGCCAUGAAUGCAGCUGGCGUAUCAAUUGCGGUUGGGACCGAUGCAAAUACAUCCCCAUAUGUUCCAGCAAACCCGCCUUUUGGCACCUCUUUUCAUGCGGAACUUGCGCUGUUAGUUGCUGCUGGUCUGACCCCGACCCAGGCACUGCAGGGUGCUACUUCAGUUGCUGCACAUGCAUUUGGCUUGUAUGAUCGGGGUUCAAUCAGCCCCGGGCUCAGGGCUGAUCUUGUCUUGCUAAGCGCCGAUCCUACGGUCAACAUCGCCAAUUCAAAGUCGAUUGAGUACGUCUGGCUUGCAGGUGUGCAAUUCACGCCUGGGGCCUAUUUAGAAGUUCUUUUAUGUUUCAACCGAAAGCCAGUACGGCUGUACGGUGAGAACGGAUGGUAG